GACCGCCGCCCUGCCCUCCGAGCCUGAGGUCGCAGCAUGCGGAGUGACUCGGGCGCCGGCGGUCACCGAGGUAGAUAGAGAUGGCUGCCGCUCUGCAGCGCAUCGAGCAGCUGUCCAGUCGGGUGGUGCGCGUGUUGGGCUGCAACCCGGGUCCCAUGACCCUGCAAGGCACCAACACGUACCUGGUGGGGACCGGCAGCAGGAGAAUCCUCAUUGACACUGGAGAGCCAUCAGUUCCGGAAUAUAUCAGCUGUUUAAAGCAAGCCUUGGUUGAGUUUGACACAGCAAUCCAGGAAAUCCUGGUGACACACUGGCAUUCUGAUCAUUCUGGAGGCAUAGUAGACAUUUGUAAAAACAUCAAUAAUGACACCACCUAUUGCAUUAAAAAACUUCGACGGAAUCCUCAGAGAGAAGAAAUUAUAGGAAAUGGAGAACAGCAAUUUAUUUAUAUAGAAAACGGAGACGUGGUUAAGACCGAGGGAGCCACUCUCAGAGUUUUGUACACUCCUGGCCACACUGAUGAUCACAUGGCUUUACUCCUGGAAGAGGAAAAUGCCAUAUUUUCUGGGGACUGCAUCCUAGGAGAAGGGACGACAAUAUUUGAAGACCUCUAUGAUUAUAUGAACUCCCUAAACAACUUACUAAAAAUCAAAGCUGACAUUAUAUAUCCAGGACAUGGCCCAGUCAUCCAUAAUGCUGAAGCUAAAAUUCUGGAAUACAUUUCUCACAGAAAUAACCGAGAAGAACAGAUUAUUUCAUUUUUGCGUGAUAACUUUGAGAAAUCAUUUACAAUAACUGAACUUAGGACAAUGAUUUACAAGGGUGUUCCAGAGAAUUUACAUAAGAUGGCAGAGCGUAAUCUCUUGCUUCAUUUGAAAAAACUAGAGAAAGAUGGGAAGAUAUUCUACACAACAACUCCUGUCAAGAAAUGGAAAGCCGUCCUUUAGUUUCAGAUCAGUGAAGUUGUCUUGCUUUUAGAAGAUGGUAUUUUCUUUUAACUAUAGAUUAUAUAUUUAUAGAAAAUAUCAAAUGCACAACUUUGAAAAUAACGCUUGAUACUUGUAAUCCUUGAUAUUUGUAAAAUAUGUAAAUUACAUUUUAUAUCUGGAGGACAGGUUACUGACCUAACCUUGGUCUUGGAAGGUUUUACCAGACAUUCAGAAUCUAGCACUUUUUCAAUUUUCUAUGGAUUAAGUAAAGUGGUUAUUAAGAAUAAUAGAUUUUGAACAAUUCAAACCAGUUAAUACUUUAGAGUUUGAUUGUUGUCUUAAUUAGGGUUUCUAUUGCUGUAAAAAACAAAAAUGACCAAGGCAGCUCCAAUAAAGGAAGACAUUUAAUUAGGGCUGGCUUACAGUUCAGAGGUUCAGUCCAGUAUCAUCAUGGUGGGAAGUAUGGCAGCCUGCAGACAGACAUGGUGCUGAAAAAGGAGCUGAGAGUUCUACAUCUUGAUCUGAAGGCAGCCAGAAAGAGACUAUCUUCUGCAGGCAGCCUGGAGGAGACUCUCCCACCCCCACAGUGACACACUUCCUCCAACAAGGCCACACCUCCUAAUAGUGCUACUCCCUAUGGGCCAAGCAUUCAAACACAUGAGUCUAUGGGGGCCGUUUCUAUUCAAACCACCACAGUUGUUUGUUAGCAUUUGCCAGUAAUACUGCUUUCUUUAGCUACUUCAAUCAACAGCACACAUAUCUGCAUACGCAUUUCUUUUCUUCAGCCCUUGUCUAUGCCUUUUACAUACCAAGUUUAUUUCACUUUUCUAUCAAUUAUAUCAUUUAAGUAUUGUUUCUACAGUUUUAUGCUAUGUUUAUUGUCUUAUAACGGUAUCCCAUAAGCAAUUCAUAAGUUGAUCAUUAACAAAUACUAAAUAUACUAAUUUAAAAUAUUAUGUGAUUAAUAAUAAGUAAUCCUUAAAA